AUGGUCGACGACAACACCAACGAGGCGGAGGCCGGACACAAAUCUGGUCUGCGACCAUCCGACGCCAAUAUCAAACCACAAGGUGUGGACGAUGUGGACGAAGACCGUAACAAGAAUAUACCGACAGUCAAUAUAGAAGACACGACAAGCUGCAGUGCUGCUUCAAGUGUAAACCCCGUCUCGCGAGAAGGAACUCCACCCCCGUUACCGCCCCGACCUAGACACCAGCUUCUCGAGGAGCGAAUAACAGGCUCAGGCAGCUUGAAGCUACCGAAAAAUGGGGGAAGGCCAUCCCUACAGAGCAAAGCGACCACCGCAGUGUCACAGCAAGAUAUACAGUCCUUCUAUAAUGGCGCCAAGGAGGUACAAUCCAAGCCCGCAUCUCGGCAAUUGAGUUUUACCAACUUCGGGUUCGGCAUAAGUCGCAGUGGUAGUGACGCUGAUGACAGUGCAAGCGUGAAGAGUUUUGCACCAACACUGGAGGCCGGAGCGGAUGUAGAGAGCCUGUUAGGAGAGGCGCUGCAAGAUCAGGAGACUCCAGCUUGGAAGGCUAUGGGCUAUCGGGCUGAUGGUCUCCAUUCUGAAGAAACAUUUUUCGCUGAGGAUCCAUACUUUGAGCGUGCUUUUGGACAUGAAUUCGAUGAGGUCGACGAGAUGAAGCCAGAUGGGUCCAACGAAGCUAUUGUAAUGAAUCAAUGGAGAUCAAAACUGAAGCACUUCAUGAUCUUGUCAUCAGCCGGAAAGCCCAUAUACAGUCGCCACGGAGACGAUCAGCUCAUCACCAACUACAUUGGCAUCGUGCAAACGCUCAUCUCCUUCUACCAAGGCGCGAAAAACGAACUCAAGGGAUUUACUGCUGGUGACGUACGUUUUGUCAUCAUGUCUAAGGGGCCUCUUAACCUCGUCGCCAUCAGCCGCCUCGGCGAGAGUGACGGUCAACUGCGCAAUCAGCUCGAAGCCCUGUAUAUGCAGAUCUUGUCUACACUCACGUUGCCAAGUAUGGAAAGGAUGUUCUCCAACCGUCCAUCAUACGACUUGCGGCGACCCCUCCAGGGAACUGAGAUAUUGCUGUCUGCGCUUGCGGAUGGGUUUACGCGUGGCUCACCGUCAUCUCUCUUGUCAGCAUUGGAAUGUCUUAAGUUGAGGAAAUCCCAUCGGCAAGCUAUCAACAACACUCUGCUCAGGACUCGAUCGCCCAACCUCCUUUAUGGGCUUGUUGUCGCUGGCGGUAGACUAGUCAGUGUGGUACGACCGAAGAAGCACUCUCUCCACCCGGGCGACCUCCAUCUCAUCUUCAACAUGCUGUUUGAAGCCGGUAGCGUCAAGGCCGGCGGUGGCGAAAACUGGAUUCCGCUCUGUCUGCCGGGCUUCAACAACACUGGCUUCCUUUACAUGUACGUCAGCUUCCUCAGCUUGGCUCACAGCAGCGAGCCGCUCAGUGAUCGACCCGCUUCAUCUGCCGGGGACGAGGAUGAAGUUGCCAUCCUGCUCAUCAGUGCCGAGAAGGAAGGCUUUCAUGAGAUGAGGCAAAUGCGGGAUGUACUGGUAGAACAACUCUCAAAGAACGGCAGCCUACGGAUAGUCAAAAACGCCGUUAAAGCCGGCCGACCCUCAUGUACAGAUAUUGUCCCUGGCACAGUGCUACGUCACUUUCUCUACAAGUCGAGGGGGAAUGUGCAGUUCACCAUGCCGUCAUUUUCACCGUAUUUCGAAACAUCAUUGUCUCGCCGUCGUCUAUUAAACCUAUACUCAUCCCUCCAUGCGAGCCUCCACAACCGCCCUACCCAUCUCAAGAUUCACCACAGCACCAGUACACAUCACAUCAGCAUUGCCUGGACGACACCACUCUUCGAGUUCUAUGCCGUUGCACCUGGCACCACAUCACGUGCUGCUCUUGCUCAAGCGGCUAACAAGGUCAUCCAAUGGGUUCGUCGAGAAGAAGAACGAGUCUUUAUUAUUGGUGGAGCCGUAUUCUGA